AUGGCUACCCUACGAAACUCCUUCACCACUGCACCCAAACCCCGCCAAAGAAACGACGAGCCCAAAGCCGUCGCCGUGAUACCUGGCCGUCCACGUCCGUCAACGCAUACCAUCAUCUGGGUCGUGCCACCGGAAGGCGAUGAUGCGGAGGCUGCCUCCACAUCCGAAGCAUCCUCUUCAACGUCGGAUGAUGGAGAGUCUGCCGAUGCGAAUUCACACACUGCGAGUUCAAACUCCGCUCCCUCGUCACCCGUCGACACGCUGAGUACCUCCUCGCUCACUCAAGAAGACAAUACUGCGGAGGUGCAAGAGAUGAGAGUUGAAGGUCCGAAUGAGGGCAAGAAAAAAGAUAAGAAAAAGGACCAGAAGAUUUCCAGGUCGGCGACGAGAGCUGAGUUGCUGAAGGAGAUGGAUGAGGUGAGGGUCAAGCGGUUGGGGAAAGAGCCGUACUCAAGUCCCUUUUUGAGCUGGAAAGCGUGCUAG